AUGCUGCCACUCAUCAACGAGAACGGCAUGCAGCAGCAGCAGCAGCAGCAGCAGCAGCAGCAGCAGAAAGAGCAGCAGCAGCAGCAGCAGAAAGAGCAGCAGCAGCAGCAGCAGAAAGAGCAGCAGCAGCAGCAGCAGCAGGUGAGUGGCCCUGUUGUUGUUUUGUGUUUAUCUAAGGAUUUGCCUGAAUCAAAAGGAAUGUCUAUCUAA